AUGCCACCAGGUAAGAAAUGCCUUGUGUUCACAGUCAUUGAAGGGGUUUGGCAAUGGAAGACCAGUCUGCUGAUAGGUUUAUGUGCUCCCAGAGCGUUCCUUAAACGGGCAUACCCCACCAUGAAGAAGAACAACCCAUCCGUACCGAUAUUGAUACGGGAAGCCCUUGAUGUUGAGCCACGGGUAUUUGCCAGAUACGAAUUUGGGAAGGAGAAGCAAGAGACUCUCUUGGGUUUGAGCGAUAAGGAAAUAGAGCAGAAAGUGACUGUCCUUGUGAAGGAUGGCCUACCUCAACAGUCGUGA